GUAUAUACUUAUAUCGACGAUAUUAUUAUCGCUAGCAAGAAAAUAGAGGAGUACCUUAAGUACAUUAAAACGGUUCUCAAUAUCUUUAACAAGAUAUAUAUUUAUAUUUCAAUAAAAAAAUCCUUCGUAGCCUACCCGUUAGUAAGACUUCUUAGCUAUAUAGUCAAUAGCGAAGGAGUAGCUAAAAUAGAUAAUAGGCUUACUAUAUUUAAGAAACUCAAGUUCUUCGAUAUCUUUAAGACCUUAGAACAGUACCUUAGUAUAGCUAGAUAG